AUGUCAGCGAAUGAACACAUUCGUAACACUUUAACGAACAUAAUGCCUUCGCAAUCAAACGAAAUGCUAUCCUAUGAAGUUUUUAGCGAUAAAUCGCACAUACCGAACUGCUUGGAAGGAGAUAAUAUAUUUCAAGAAGAACCGGGCAAAUAUGAUCUUGACACUGUAUCUGUCUUUGUUGCAAAAUUAUACCAAUUGCUUGAUGGUGACGAGUAUAAGGAAUACCUCACGUGGAAUGAAACGGGUGAUGUGUUUGUGAUUUGCAAUAUGGACGAAUUCGCGCAGAAUAAUCAGGGAGAAACCUCUCCAUCCUCUGUCUAUGUCAAUAGCAAGAAUGGAAAUAUAACAAAAGAUUCACCCCCGCACAACUUACUAACCUCCUUCCCUGAAUCCAAAGAUUUCGUGACGCAUGCGGACAAGUCUGAUGGUGACAAUGCAAUGCGUAAACGAAUCGCCGAAUUAACUGUUACCACAGAGAAUCUGAGAAAAGAUUUAAAGAGCAUUAGCGACAUCGUUAAUGAACGUUUGCUUCCCGAGGUUCGAAGUUUGACCGAUGACUUGCAAAAACACUAUACUCACCUGAUGGAACUGACCCAAUUGGUGGCCUAUCAUUCUUCGCCGGAAGACAUUCAAUUGCUUCAGGAGGUCAGUCGUGGGCACUCGAGGCAUUUUCCGUCGCACGACUUUCCAUCGGCAAAGCGUGCGCGCCUUGAUGAUAAGCAAACCGACUCGGUAAAAACCGAACGGCCAAAUUUAUCUUCACCACCGGUUGCCAAUGUACCCACCGUUCCGUCCUCCUCAGUUGCCAAUGUACCAACUGUUCCAUCAUCAUCUGUGUCUACCCCUUAUUGUGAUGUCUUUGCACCUCACUCGGGCAAUAACUUGGUGAACAGACCUUCCCCCUCAGCCGCCGAUCCCUCGACCCAAGGAGCACCUUCAGCGUCCCAACCUCUAACGAUACCAACCGAUCCUCACCCUGCAUUUAAUAUGUCGGCAUCUUCAAUAAUAGGGGAAUUUCAACAUCCCUCGCAUAAUGCACACUCCACUAAUAUUACGAGUUUUAAUGAGUCGUGGGGCACAUGUCCCUUGAUACAGGAUGCCGUUAACACAAUUUCCGGUUCUUUUCUGUUCCCGACAGCGACUUCAGAGCAUUCUCCGUUACUGUAUUCUCCAUCCUCGAAUCAACAAAAUUCCCCGGUACGCUCCUCACAACAACACUCCCCGACUUCACCUGCGGCUCCCCAUCCACUGAGUCCAGCUGAAUACGGUGAUAAUACCGCCACCGCCUCAAGUUCAAAUGAUGAUCACCCAAACAACGGUUCCAAUAGUCCUCACAAUGGUGAUGUCAUUGUUGCGGUGUCUCCUACGUCAACCACUUCUUCUCCGAUGUCCCAAUAA